GGGAAACUCAGGUGUGCUAAUGAAGGUGCCAGUUUCUUGGACGUCAGCGUGAUUUUGCUGCCAGCGGCUCAACUCUAGUUUCCGGCCUCCCAGGUGGAUCCUUUUAGUUCAAGUCAUGUUGGUGUUGUCGUGCCUCAUGUGGAUCAUUUAUGGCAGUCCGGCAGUGGGUGGUCCGGUUCAGCACUUGAGUUGGUCAGACGGGGUCAAUCCGCUUGUGAGAAACGAAGCCUCGCGCUCCUCCUUCUACCACCUGCCCGUGUUCUGGCACGCGCCACACCCGCUCGUAGCCAAAGAGUUGCUCCGACCCACUCCUCGCCAGACCUUGGUUCCUUCGGAACUGACCGCGCUGUUGUUUCCGGCAAAGUACCAGAGCGCAGCUCAGGAACCGCGUACGCGCCCUGUGGAAGUUUGGUGCGGCUCCAGGGAAAUAGUCGUGAGAGUGGACCGCUUCCAGUUGCGCGCGUGGCCCGAUCCGGCUCUGUACAGUCUGGGUUCGUGUCAGCCCACCACGGUGUCUUCACACUUUCUCUUUUUCCACUACGCUUUGACCGAUCCCUGCGUUUCGGCAAAUCAGGUGGUUGCCGGUGGUCAACUGGUGUAUUCUUGUGCUCUUUAUUAUACCCCGCCGCCGCAGGACUAUAUCAUUCGUGUUCUACCAUUUAAUCUGCCUCUCCACUGCUAUUACAACAGGUUUCAUUACUCUUACCAAGUUGGCUACACACCUCAGAUGCAGCACACAACGUUCAAAAAGAGUCUCCGGACUAAACUCCACUUCAGUCUCACUGUCUGCAAUGCUCAGUGGGAGCCCCUCUCUGCGGACCAUUCGUUUGUCUUGGGGGAACCAGUGAAUUUUGUGGCCCAGUCUGGGAGCCUCUUGCCAGGCGAGAUGCUUUUUGUUGACUCAUGCCAUGUAACACUCUCCAAAGACCCAAUGAGCAGGCCCAAAGUGGAUCUCAUCACGGAUUAUGGCUGUAUGACUGACAGCCAGAGACCAGGAAGUUCUUCCUACUUCUGGUCAAGGAGUGGUGAUAUGCUGAAGUUUUCCAUUGAUGCCUUUCUUCUCCGGGCCGUCUCACAAGUGCUUUACAUUCAUUGCUCAAUGUCAGUUGGUGUCACCACUUCCCACACCUCCAAGUCUUGUAACUACAACCAAACAACUGGAAGGUGGGAGGAGCUAGAUGCACCACCGUCUACUUGCUCAUGCUGUGAAUCCAUAUGUGGUGACAUGCAAGACUCGGUGAAGACCAUAGUGAGCAGUCCUGGCUUGACCCCUCGCCACCAAGAUGAAGACCGGUCAAACAUGAAGGAUUCACCUUCUCAACCAGCAGAGGAAGAAGAAAGGAGCCAACAAAAAGUUUUGUUUCGGAAAUUGGACACUUUUCCAACAGCGACAAAAUUAGACCAUAAGAAGACUGAACAGAGUGACGGCAAGAAGACUUUUGAACUGAGGCCCCGUACAGUCAUCAGCAUGUCGAUGAAAAUGACCGAAAGGACAGUUUCACCAACGGAUGCUACUAUUAUCACGAGCCAUAGUAGGCAAGAUAUGUCUGAGAGCGCAGAAGCCACUUUUGCUUACAGUAACGCAAAGAGUGCUUCAUCCACGGCUAACAGUACAGCCACUCCAAAAGCGGUUUCUAAAAACGCAGUCUUGAUUGCACACAAUUCCAGCAUUGUUAGAGGUCUUGUUUCCCCAGAAAACAUUUCCACAGACUUGAUUCCUAUUCCUGAAUCUUGCUCCAACGAAAAGAAAUGCCAACCAAAGGAUGAUACAGUCCAGGUUAAAAGGGGCAGCGCAAGUGCCGAGCAUACUCCGACCACUGCAUCUUAUACAGUUAGAUUGGAGAUAAAAGAUGGUGAAGAGUCUCCUAAAAAUAAGUCUGAAACCGAUUUUGAUGCAGUCAAAGAAUCAGCCACGAGCUACUUGAUGUCUACUGAUGAAUCUGUUGGCAGACACCCAAAAAUGAUAGCGGAGCAAGCAGCAUUCUAUGUUAACAGGGAAGGACUUGAUGAGCUAGAUAAGCUUCAACACCUAAAAAACGGACCAUCUGAAUUCAGAGGCCCAGAAUGUGUUGAUGCUUCGGAUUGUCAUUCUGGAAUUGAAGAAGGCGAAGCGCUCCGGCGGAGUCAGUUAGCCAACAUGGCUGAGAUGGAGAACGAAUUUAGUGGCACUUCAGGUCCUCCGAGUAUUGAGGAAGUGCUUGGCAGCUCUCAGCACUCCACUGUGAGGAUAGUCACAAGCAAAGUGCAUGACAGCAGCCAUUUUUCUGACAAAGAGUGGAGUGGACUUUGGAAUUAAUGAUUGGCCAUGUAACAGAAUGGACUGCAAAAAAUGAGUCUCAGUAGCUUAAGCGUGACAUUUCAUCUUCUGGGAAAGCAAGCUUAACUCUGUUCUGUCAGUAGAAAAUGUGUCUGCUGAAUUUGGUAAUUCAGGCAUCUUGCAAUAAAUUGCUUCAUAAUUCUACUUUACAUUCUACUAUGUUAUUGAUUGCCUUCAGUAAAUCUGGUUAAUUAGCCUUCAGUAAAUCUGGUUAAUUAGGAAUGCUUGCUUUGAAUGGAUAAGUAUAACUUGCAGCUCCUACUUCACCUCCGUGAAGCUGGCCCCACAUCAGAUGCAAAUUUAUAGAAAAAAAUUCAUUUGUGCUAUCGCUUUUGCGAUAUUAGCAAUUCUUUUAUAGGUCAAUCUGAGGUCAACCAGCCCCCCCAUUUUGAUUAUAAAAGGCUACGAAUUGUGUCAAUCGUUUUUUGUG